AUGGUGCAGUGGCCCCCGACCCCGUGCGUCGAGGACGAAGCCGUCGCUCUGGCCAAGGAACAUGUCCUCGAUGUCCACCUGGAUAUCUUGAAAAGUGAUGACCAACCUGCUAGCAGCCGAGGGGCGGUUGAUCAGUAUCCUGUCAUUCUUGACAACCCAAGUCCAGCACAACCCAAACAAUCUAGGACUCCUCCGCCAAACAAGCCUUGUGAUCUAGUUCCAGAUACUUCGUCUCUGCAUGAACAGCCCGAACCUACCACUCCGCCUUCGGCCUCAAACAAUGAGCGGAGGUUCGUCUUUAUUCCAUCCACCAAAUCUGACCCGGCCCCGGAGCCCGACAACAAACGCCGAUCCGAUGCUCUACAUCGAUCAAAAUCCACCACCCAACUCAAGCCAGAAGAUGCUUCGAGGGGCAGGCCGCAGGUUAGCAGAAUUCAGACUGACCUGGGUGCCGGCUUAGCGGGCAUGGUCACAGGUCAGCGUCGUGCACCUUCGCCUUACGCCCAUGCUCGUACCCCUUCCAUAUUAGCAGAUCCAUUGGUCCAAAGUCCUCGACCCAAGGAUACCCUACUGUCUCCCAUGUCUGCACAGCAACCCCGGAGGCCUGUUUCCGUUCACCCGAGAACACAAACCACGGCUCAUGACAGUAGCGACUCGGAUCACAACCCUAGAGCGAGCAGAUAUGAACGGAGUCGCAGUAGGGCCGCCCGAGCCAGCAUAUCAUACUCUGAUCGCUCUGAUGUGGAAAAGCCACGGCGAUCAAAAUCUACAAGGCGCCCGCAGAGCCCCGACUCAAAGCCUCCUCGAGAUUACCGUCGCCAUCGAAGCCGUGGCCCUGCGGAAGGUGGAUAUGGCACCUAUAGCUACACCGGACAGGACCACAUCACCCCUCCUCAGACCCCGAAACCAUCAGGAGAACCAACACGUUCUGCUACUGAGGAUCCGAAACCUGCCACUCUCCCUUCUACUGGCCGGCAGCAAUUGAGGAGGGGUACAACGGACUCGCCUUAUACUUCGUCGGCCGAGGAAAAUCAUGGCCGAAGAUAUGGAUCCUCAGAUGAGAGGAGACCUGUCAGAAGUGCAAGAUCACGCAGAGCUUCACGUUCCCAGGUCGACAGAGAAGAUGAAAUUCGAUCUUAUCAACCUUCCUCGCGCCGUGAUCGUGAUCGAGAUCGUGACCGUAAGGAUGACGCUGCCCGUGGUUACCAACCAUCAGAUGAUCGUGGUCCUCGAAGCCCUGCAGCAUCCCACAAGGCGCCCAAAGACCCCAAGGCGAUGGAAGACUAUUUCGAAAAGGCUUUUGAAGCCAAUCAAAGCAAGAGAUCCAGACAGGCUAUGCCGACCUCCCAAAAUGCUUCACCCAUGGCAUCCCCCUCCCGGAGUCCUCCAAGAACUCCGCGCGGUGACAAGGCACCCCGAGACUAUUUUGAACCUCCUCAACCUUCAAAGUCGUCUUGGCAACGUUCUCGACCCCCUUCGAUUGAUGAUGGGCAUUUCAAGGACUUGAAGCCGCUGACUACCCUUCUUGGAGCAGCAACCCUGGGAGCCUCACUGGCGGCGAAGGCUAUCCCAAGUUUGUCUCGAUCAAGCACUUCGCAAUCAGUGGAGUCUCCAAGCAGCGGAUCCUUAAGUCGACCGAGUAGUGGCCAGAGUGGUCAGAGGUCAAGAAAACCCUCGCCUGUGUCUGAUGAGACCACUCCACCUGCUCAUCCGUCAUCAGUACCUGUAUCGCGCCACAAUUCCGUAACAGCUCGAGAUGAAACGUCAUCACCUCGCAUGGCAACAUAUGCCGUCCAUGAUGAGCGCUCGUUGUCCCGGUCCGUUCCACAUCCUGCGGCGCAUAUUGAUAUUCCACGAGCAGCAUCGCGGGCAUCAUCAUAUUCACAUUCGCCCGAACAAUCUAGGCCGGCGGCCCUUCAUAGGGCAUUCUCAAGCUCACUGGGUCUGCCGAAUCAACAACCAAUGCAUCUACAGCCUCAACAGCCCGCUCCUUCGUCUCCGAUAUCACCUCAGGUUGCUGCGCCUCCAACCCCUCAAGCCCCUCCGCCUGCGAAGAGCAAUGGUUUGCCUCCUUGUCCCCGGUCCAAGCCCAUUGCUGGAUGCCACGACUGGUAUACCAUACGUGACAUGCCUAAAAUGUACUUUUGUCCUUCUUGCAUGAAUCACCUUGGCAGUUCGCCUUUCAGGGAUUAUUUUAUUCCCAACUUCACAACAGAUACUUAUCAGCCUAUUUCAUGCUCCAUGAGUAAUCCGUGGUUCAGGUUUGCGUGGAUACGAACCAUGAAACAGGAAAAUCCUACACUCACUCUUUUAUGGAAGAUCGCUUCUGAUCCACCUCCUGAAACGAAGAAGUGCUACGGAAACCAGAAUGAUUUGAGGAAAUGGUAUCAUCUGACCGAUCCGAGGACAAAGAAACCAGUUGAGAACUUUGAUGUAUGCUCUGCCUGUGUCAGAAACGUCGAUCUUCUCUUCCCAAUGCUGCAAUCAUACCUAUUCGACCGACCAACCGAUAAAUUGGCUCAAGAAAAGAUAUGCAAUCUAAACCUCAGCAGCAGGAAUUUACCCACCAUUCUCCUUGAGUUGGACCGAUUGGCGGACUGGCGGCAGAAAGAGCAACUUCGGCUUAAGGAUAUCCACAACUUUGUGGACGUUGUCCGGCGCCUAUCUCGAUAUAGAGAAUGUGCAAAAGACACGAUGCUCGCCACUCAGCUGUGGCAUUACAUCCCCGAACUUCCUGAACUGACCAUUUGUGAAUCAUGCUUCGACGAGGUGGUGUGGCCGUUGAAAGACCGUCCGAUUGCGAAGGAUGUGUCAAGAGCCGUCAGACCUGUUCCAGUCCUUAGGCGCACGCAAUUGCUUCCUGGCAUUAGUUGCCAGCUCUAUAGCGAUCGGAUGAGACGUUUAUUCUACGAAGCAUGCAGCAAGAACGACUUUGAGCAUCUAAAGCGGGUUGCUCGAUAUAGAUAUGAUAUGGAGCAUAGGCUCCAACACAACCACAAAUUGUUUGAGAUGGAUUUGAAAGCAGGGAUUGAUAGGAGGGCAGAUAUUGAGAGCAACAUUUCCUUUUGGAAAUCGAUUGAAUGA